AUGACUCACAUCAAUUUGUCGUCCUCUGUUUUUCGCGCAACAGAAAGCAUUCUAGAAACAGACAACCGCCAUCACCCGGACACUCGUGCAGUCACAAAACAACUGAGUGGACGAAUCCGCGAAACUUAUUGGCACAUAUACCCCGACGAGAUUUCGCCAUACACAAACCAAACAAUUUCCGUCCUUUCAGAAAUCACAGACGAAACGACAAACUCGGGCUUCGAUAACGAGGAGUACGAUUUGAUAGUAAAAGUUGGUGAUGUCUUGGGAAGUGCAACGAGUUAUGAAGGAAGAUAUUACUCUGCGAAUCCGGAGACGGUGAGUAGAUAUCAAAUAGAAGACCGGCUGGGGUGUGGGAUGUUCGGGCAGGUCUUUAAAGCAAAGGAUUUAUCGAAAAGCAGAGAAGUCGCUGUUAAAAUACUUAAAUCGAAAGGAGCGUAUUUCCGACAAGGAAUGCUUGAAAUAUCGAUCUUGUCAAUGUUGAAUGAUGUGUAUGACAAAGAUGGGUCAAAAAAUACAGUAAGGAUGUUGGAUCAUUUUUUGUAUUGUAAUCACUUGUGUAUAGUAUUUGAAUUGCUUGGUUCAAAUAUUUAUCAAAUGUUGCAAGAGAAUGAAUAUCAAGGAUUUAGUAUCUCAGACGUCCGGAGAUAUAUGACACAAUUACUUCAAUGUCUCGAAGUUUUAUUUGACGCUCAUAUUAUUCAUUGUGAUAUUAAACCCGAAAAUUUGGUAUUUGAUCCAACGACAAAUGGGAUUAAAGUUCUUGAUUUUGGGUCAGCUUGUUUUGAUAAUUACACGCUUUAUACAUAUGUCCAAUCUCGUCAUUAUAGAGCGCCAGAGAUUAUAUUAGGUAUUCCUUAUAAUAAUUCCAUUGAUAUGUGGAGUGCUGGAUGUAUAUGUGCCGAGUUAGUGUUAGGAAUACCACUGUUUCCGGGGUCCUCAGAAUUUAAUCAAUUAUUUAAAAUAACAGAUAUGCUCGGCAAUUUUCCAAGUCGGUUGCUGGAGCAAGGAACAAAAACUUCGUCUUUUUAUAAUAAAUUGGGGAGUGGAGAAUCGUCGCGAUAUAUUAUGAAACAACCAUUUGAAUAUGAAAUUGAAAAUCAUUUGCGUCUUGAACCGAACAAGAAAUACUACAAAUUCAAAACCCUUCGAGAACUCAUUAUGAGAAUUCCACUGCAAGUAUCAAACAAUUUGAGAGACGAAAUUAAUAACACAACAGAAAUACGAGCAGCACUGUUGAACUUCAUAGAGGGAAUGCUCGAGUUCGAUCCUAUGAAACGGUGGACCCCAUCACAAGCUCUUUGCCACCCUUUCAUCACUCAAAGUCAAUUCUUCGGGAGUUGGUCACCCCCUGCUGGGUUAUCUACACCUCGUCAAGCGGAAGAUGGCACGUUUGUGUCAAUAACUUCAGAAGAAUUCACACGAAAGUGCUUUGGAAAUGAGUUGAUUCUUCACGGACUGAACACAGCAGAGUAUUACGACAUUUGUACUGUUGCACUGCAAAUGGGAGAAGUGGUGAAUAUCACAUGUCCAAAUCCUUUACAACUUCCACCAAUGACACCAGUGACUUUUAGAAAAACAUUUGAAAAUAUGCACAAGAGAGGAAGAAGUGGGUCGAAUGGACCAAAUCAACGCAUUACAAUGAGGCGGUCAUCUUUAUUGAGAAGUCAAGAAAACAUCGCACGUCUUGCUUUGAUAAGAAAUCAAACGCCACGAAUGGUAGAGCAGGAAAUUAAAGAGGAGGGGUUCAUUGAAAGUGGAUGUUUGGCGACAGUAAGAAGAAGAUUUGAUAGUUGCAAUCCACGAAUGACACAUACCCCAGCUAGUGACUUCAAGCUGGUCAGAAACGCAGGAGUUAAAGCGACGGAUGUGGGAAGCGUGAAACUCGAGCAAAAUGAAGGGGAGGUUGAUAGAAGUGUUGCUAUUGUCCAAGAACCAUCAAACGUUAAUAUUCCAAUCAUCCCAAUUCCAAUUCGAAAAAAUACUAAGGAGGAAGAAAACUUCGAGUUUGCACCACUCUUCAUUUUCGGGCAAGAAGGAAAAGAUAAAGAAACACCUAUUUGA